AUGCCGUGGGUUUCGCAUGUCAUCCUCGCGGUUGUCGCUGCUACUCUUGCUACAGUAAUUCUUCAUACUGAACAGGUAAUUGCCAGACAUCAUCGCACGGGUAAUCCUCAUAAGCCUGAAGGUGACAUAUCACUUUGGAUUGAUCGACAGCAAAUUAAAAUGUUUAGCGGAUUGGAGAUGGAAAUCUAUGCAAUAACUGAAGGCAGAGUGCUGUCGUAUUUGCUGGACCCAGAAUUGGAGAAUAAAUUACCGAUAAUACCCAGUGAAGUUUCUUACGUUAAUUUUACAUGGAAGUCUGGAGUUAAAAAAUAUUAUUACAAUUUCUAUCGUCUGUCUUCACUUGACGAGUCGAUAUUAAAAACACCGUCGAUCACCAUUAAAACAAAAGGUCGUGUGCCUAAAAGACCUAAAGAAUUCAGCAUUUUAUUGACCUGCUCUGGCAAUAGCUCAGGAGUAGUACAAUUUAGCAUUGGACUGAUCAUUGAGACGCGCAAGGGUAAACCGCUAAAUGGGACUCCCCUACGUCUCAACUUGAGAAAAGAAUGCGCCGUGCGCGGUGAGUGCGUCAGUCGCGCCCAAGAUCACCACUUCUCCACUCACACAUACAAACCAAAUCCAGGACCAUGUCCUGAUGGUUACAUGGGUCCACCGCACUGCAAAAAAGCCCUUUGCUAUCCAGUUUGUAUGAACGGCGGUAAUUGUACUGCACCAGGAGUAUGCUCAUGUCCUCCUGGUUUCCAAGGACCUUAUUGCGAAGGCGGAAUUUGCACAGAAAAAUGUUUAAAUGGCGGCAAAUGUAUUCAAAAAGAUACUUGUGAAUGCCCAAAAGGAUACUUUGGUUUACACUGCGAAUUUUCAAAAUGUGUAAUACCCUGUCUAAAUGGCGGUAAAUGUAAAGGAAAUAACAUCUGCAGAUGUCCAAAUGGUUUCAAAGGUGAUCACUGUGAAAUAGGCCGAAGAUCGCCCCAGAGAUCCGCGUGCACACGAGCAUGUAGAAAUGGAACCUGUCAACCUGACAACACGUGUCUGUGCGAUGCCGGAUGGUUUGGUAAAUUGUGUAAUAAAAAUAAACCAUGGGCUUAG